GCUUCAGCUAACAUUCAAAGAUAGCUAACUAUCUUCCUGAUCUCUCUCUCUCAAUUUGCCUCAUGUAUAAAUUCAAUUACAUGUGACUAACUUCAGUCUGUAUUCCCAUUUUAUAGAUACCCACAUGUGACCAUGGUAUUUUGGGAAGGGGAGAAAUGAAACAGUGUGACUUGAAGGAUGCUGUUUGUACUUGUAAAUCAGACAUGCUCCUGGAGGCAUGGCGUUCACACGCUCAUUUGUGCACCCUUUCCUCUGCAGGGGACAAAGUUCAGCCCAUCCACCUUUGCCACAAGGAUGAAGAACUUCAGGCUGGGACACUGUGGGUGGCUAGUGGCUGGGGCAAGGUGUCUGAGGAACAUCACUGCCCCAGGCAGGCAGCCAGUGUGGGAUCCCCCAGCUGCUCUUGCUGGGGUGUUGGGGAAGGGUGGAUGCGGCUCACAGGCAACAGCGCUGUUGGCUGUCAUUCAGCUGGAGGGGCAAGCCAUCUUGCAGAUGCUGGAUGUAGCCUGGAUGCUCCUGCAGUGGCUGGGGCCCUGGCUCCUGUCCUGCAGGAGGUGGAGCUGCCCCUCAUCGACAGCCAGAGCUGCAGCGUGCUGCUGAGGGGCACGGACCUGCCACGAAUGCAGGGCUCUGUGCUCUGUGCUUCUUUCCCAACAACAGGGGGGGAUGCGUGCAAGGUCACCAUUAUAUUUGUUUCUGAUGGGAGCAACGCUGCCUGUGGCUUCAAGCUCACCUUCAUGGACAUCCAUAAGGACUCUGAAGCAGGUUUGGGCCCUGGGAGUGUCGCGAUGUUAGUGGAAGAAGGGAAGAUUGAUACUGCUAAUUACCCUGGCUUGUAUCCCAUGAGCACGAAGUGCCACUGGCUCAUUGAGGCUCCAGCAGAGUAUGUCAUAAAGCUGGAAUGUGAAGACUUUGCAGUGGGACUUAGCCCAGGCUGCAUUUAUGAUGCAGUUACUAUUUACAAGGAGGCAAGAAGAGAAGAUUCAGGAUUAACUACUGCACGGAUGUUGCCUCUGAAGGAUGUCCCCUUAGACACCUGUGGCCUUUCCCCAGUUACUCCCCUGUGGCUGUUCAAGCAUGUUAGUGGGGCUGAGGAGGCCUGUCCUCAUUGUUGGCUAUGGCACACUGCCCUGAAGCUCCUUGGAGACUACCAGUGUGAUGGGGCUGUCAUCAGCCCUACGUGGCUGCUGACAGCUGCCCACUGUGUGCAGCUAUCCAAUAAACCCUUGCACUGGACUGUGACAGCAAGAGACCAUGAUAGAGCCCUGAGAGAGGAUGCCCUUAGAGGGCAGCUUGUUCUUUCUCUGCGCUGGUCACAGGUGAGACAGAUGAAAACCAUCACGGUGCAUCCCCACUUCGACAUGCUGAGCUAUGACUCCGACAUUGGCCUGAUGCAGCUAGACAUUCCUCUGGAGUCCAACGCUGCUGUGAAGCCAGUGUGUCUGUCCAACAGCACAGGCGCGUUAUCCUCCUCUUCUCUCUGCACUGCAUCUGGAUGGGGGAUCAUCGAAGAAGAUGGGAGCCCAGCUAGGCGGUUGCAGCAGACACAAGUGCCUGUACUUGAGAAUGAAAUCUGUGAGAGAAAUUACUACUUCAGGCACCCUGGAGGGAUCACAGCCAGGAUGCUUUGGACUGGCUUUGUUUCUGUGGGAGGCCAGGACUCCAUGUCAGGUGAGGUAAAACUAAAGGUGAGUGCUCUUGAAGGUGUCUGCAUAUGGAUGUCGGUAGAUGAUCUAGGGGAAAGGACUGGGGAGGACAGAGGGGAGAACAGCAUAGAGCAAGUGACAGUUAAAAGCUUCAACAAUUUGCUGUCCCUGGAGUGGCCAGUACUUAUAAGAGCAAUAAAUGCAGUCAAUCCAUAUGGGAGAUAUAGGCAAUGUGCAGUGUUGCUUGGAAGUGGGACCAGAGAGUUAGUAAUCUUUCUCUGGAUUGUAAUAUUCAUGAGACUUGUGGAAGAGAGGAUGUUCUUCGCAAGUCCCAUCUCUUAUCCUAGUGAAACAGUUCCCAUUGUAGCUUGCUUGGAACUCUUCUUCAUGACACUCUUUUCCUGUGCUCAUUCUUCACUCCACGCUGAUAAGCAAGCCUUUAAAUCAGCCUCUUCAUUCCAGGCUAGGGCUGAGUUGCACCAGCGGCUGCACGCCCUGUUCCUGCAGGAGCCUUUGUCUUGGGGUGGUUUUGGUGGCCCCUUGGUUUGCAGCAAGGAAAAUGGACUGUUUACUCUUUAUGGCAUUGUCAGCUACUGUGACUGUGCCAGCCCAAAGAAACCAGGGGUCAAUUCAAGGGUAAGGAUUUUCCUGGACUGGAUAAGACUGCUGAUAAAAGGAUACAUGGGAAGCACAGAGUGCUCUUGGAUACUCUGACUGUCUCUGAAGGGCAUGGCAAAGAUUACAGUAAAGCAUCUGUCAAUAACAUCAUCACUGACCUGCCAAGAGGAGUUUCUUGGGAUUUAUGAAGAGAGCCAGAGAGGAAGAAAAGUGCUAGGUAACAACAAAUGA